GCCGCGCAGUCGGAACUCGCGCCCAUUAUCAAACAAAAUUUCGCUGAGAAAAGAGAACGAAAAGAGGGUGUGUUUUUAGUGCGCAAGCCACAUUUAGUGGAUAAAGAAAAACGAAAUUGAAUCAAUUGCAAGAACAGAAAGUCAUAAAUAAUUCAAGAACAUUGGACCUGUGAAAUUAUAAAUAGUGAACGGUGAAAACGAGCAUUGCAUUAUUGCAUUUACGGAUUACUCUUCAGAUUAACAUAGUUUUUGAGUUUGUGAAAAGCCCAAAACAAAGAUGGCCAAGGACUUCUACAAGAUUCUGGGCAUCGACCGCAAGGCCACAGAUGACGAGAUCAAGAAGGCGUAUCGCAAGCUGGCCCUGAAAUACCAUCCCGACAAGAACAAGAGUCCCCAGGCGGAGGAGCGUUUCAAGGAGAUUGCCGAGGCGUACGAGGUUCUGUCGGACAAGAAGAAGCGCGACAUCUUCGACAAGUACGGUGAGGAUGGCCUGAAGGGCGGACAACCCGGCCCAGAUGGUCACAGCCAGCCGGGUGCCUACAGCUACCAGUUCCACGGCGAUCCGAGGGCCACCUUCGCCCAGUUCUUCGGCUCGUCGGAUCCCUUCAGCGUCUUCUUCGGCAGCGGAGACACUGUGUUUACCAACGAGGUCUUCAGUAACGCCGAUAACAACGAUUUGUUUGGCGGCGGUGGCAUGGCCUUCGGCAACAGUCCCAUGGGGGCCUUCCGUUCCCAGUCCUUCAACGCCCAGGCUCCCAGCCGCAAGCGUCAGCAGCAACAGGACCCGCCCAUCGAACACGAUCUGUACGUGACCCUCGAGGAAGUGGACAAGGGCUGCACCAAGAAAAUGAAGAUCUCGCGCAUGGCCAUGAGCCAAGCCGGGCCCCACAAGGAGGAGAAGGUGCUGAGCAUCACCGUGAAGCCGGGCUGGAAGGCCGGCACCAAGAUUACGUUCCCCAAGGAGGGCGAUGCGGCACCAAACAAAAUUCCAGCGGACAUUAUCUUCAUCAUACGCGACAAGCCGCACUCACAGUUCAAGCGCGAGGGCAUCGAUCUGAAAUACACCGCGCAGGUCAGUUUAAAACAGGCCUUGUGCGGAGCACCGGUUAGUGUGCCCACGCUCCAGGGCGACCGGAUUCCGGUGAACACGAACAAUGAGAUCAUCAAGCCCACCACCACGCGGAGAAUAAGUGGUCGGGGUCUGCCCGUACCAAAGGAGCCGUCGAGGCGCGGCGAUCUGAUCGUAUCCUUCGACAUCAAGUUCCCCGACAGCCUGCCGCCCAGCCUGCGAAACCAACUGGCCGAGCUGCUGCCCAAUUAGGCGGGAUUCGUGGGAUGUGCCAGCCACAUACACACACACACACACAUACACACUAUUGUUAUCACUUUAGUUAAGGCCUAAAUUUAGUUUAUCGUAUGUACGAGUAAGACACCUAACCAAUUGUAGCCCCACGCUAGUGAGAGUGCCAAGCGAACAGCUGUAGAUAUGGCCAAGGAGGAUGCCGACGCUAGAUAAGAUAGGGAAAAGAAGAGAACACACAGGCGGAGAGCCCGCCAAGUGUUACAGACUGAUCGACUAUUGACUUUUUUUAAAUCUAGUUCACCCCAAUUCCGUAAUUUGUUUUGUUUACCGCCGCCUUGGUCGGUGCCUAACGAAUCCUUACAUUAUUUAUUUGUCCUAGAAAGAAAUAAAAAGGUAUUAUAAAUUGAAAGUAA